AGAAUAAGACCGGAAGUCGUUUGUGUAGCGCGGGAGUGAAAUGAAGAGUAGCAGUUAGCUGUUUGAAUGUUUCAGUCAACAGGUGAAUUAUAAAUAUUAUGAAUAUAUGCUGCAACAGUAGCUAGCUAAACGGCACAAACGGGUUGACAGUGAAUUACUACAUUGACCAUGUUGACAGAAAAAGCUCCGUGAUGGUGUUAUGCUAGUCACCGACUAAGCUAACUAGCUAUUGUUGUCUAUCUACGGUACAGCUCACCGGAAACUGCGACACACCAACCGGAAGUCGAGUAUGGAUAAGUCCACCUUAUUAAACCCAGCAGGUGGAGAGGGUGCAGAUAAAUGUUACAUCUGCCUGAGCAGCUUUGAAAAGCAAACAGUGGGCUCUCUGGAAAACUGCCAGCACGUCUUCUGCCUUGAAUGCAUUGUCCAGUGGUCCCAGACAGCCAACACUUGCCCGGUGGAUCGGAUCAGUUUUGCUUUCAUCCACCAGAGACUGUGUCCUGGAGGGGAUGUUCAAAAGAAGAUCAAAGUGAGGACGAAGAAAAAGGAAGAUGAUGAUGAGGAGGAGGAGGGGAGCAAUACUGUUAUCUGCGAGGAAUGUGGACGCAGCGACCGCCGGAACCGGCUGCUAGUGUGCAUACACUGUGAUUCGGGGUAUCAUAUGGACUGCUUAACACCAUCAUUAAAUACUGGUCCUGAAGGUGACUGGAUUUGUGCUGAGUGUGCGGUCAGUCCUCAGCAUACAGACGGCUCCAUGUUGGAGGGGGAGAUCAGUGAUGGAGAAUUAACAGACCUCCUAGCUGAAGUAGAUGAAACUGCAUCUACCAGCAGUCGCCUUCGGCCCUCCACCGUAAAUCGUCCCAGCAGCUCCACUGAACGACGACACAGCCAGAGGAUCCAGAGCGGAGCCAGCGCCAGUCCUCAUCCUCUGCCCCAAACCUCCUGGCAUGUACCUAAAUACCUGUUAGAGGCAUCAAGGCCUGCAGUCACCACAGAUGAAGUAGCUGCACACCAUCACAGUGAUACCAGCAGUGCUGCCAUCAAGUUAAAGACAAGAAAAAGAAAGAAACGUCCAACUUGAGCCCCUGACACCAAGAAGAGGAGAUGUUGGAAGAUGGUUUGUAUCAUUGCCCGAUAAAGGUGCUCCCGUCAAAAACGACCACAUGGUGGCAGCGUUGUGUUAUAAACAUUAUGUGAAGGAACUGACCUGAACCUGUUUGUUUACAGUGAUAUUGUUUUCUAUCCUUUGUUGUAUGUUUUUGUUUUGCUUUUGUUAAAAGAUAAGAUUGACAUUAUUCUAUACUUUUAUUACUGUUAAUAAAUCAUGAAGAAAUGAAAAGACCAAAACCA